AGCCAAAAUCACAUUGCUUUCCAAGCUGUAUGCAUUUUGUGUGAAUAAACUGUUCCCGUUGAAGUACUGUGUGUAAUGUAGUGUGAGCUCCCUUCUCCACUUCUCCUCUAACUGAUCUUUCCGCACACAUUUGUAGGAGAAGACCAGUGCCCUCAGUCUGAGCAACGUGGCCGGAGUCUUCUACAUUCUCGUCGGGGGACUUGGUUUGGCAAUGCUGGUGGCUUUGAUUGAGUUCUGUUACAAGUCGAGAGCCGAGGCGAAACGAAUGAAGGUGGCAAAGAAUGCACAGAAUAUUAACCCAACUUCCUCGCAGAAUUCACAGAAUUUUGCAACUUAUAAGGAAGGUUACAACGUAUAUGGAAUCGAAAGUGUUAAAAUUUAGGGGAUGACCUUGAAUGAUGCCAUGAGGAGCAAGGCAAGGCUGUCAAUUACAGGAAGUACUGGAGAAAAUGGACGUGUUAUGACUCCAGAAUUUCCAAAAGCAGUGCAUGCAGUACCUUACGUGAGUCCUGGCAUGGGAAUGAAUGUCAGUGUGACUGAUCUCUCGUGAUUGAUAAGAACCUUUUGAGUGCCUUACACAAUGGUUUUCUUGUGCGUUUAUUGUCAAAGUGGUGAGAGGCAUCCAGUAUCUUGAAGACUUUUCUUUCAGCCAAGAAUUCUUAUAUUUGUGGAGUUCAUCUUGGAUUGUAAUGAAUGCUUAGUUCAAAACACAACACCAUUUUCUACACAAGUUCAAGAUGAAGCUUGACUGACAUGCACAGCUAACAUGGAAGUACUGUAAUCUAACUGAAGUCGUUGUACAGGCAACACACCAGUUUCUGCAGCCACCGUUGUUAGUCCCUUGGUUCAUAUUGACUUAAGCACACUUGACAUCAAUUGCAUCAAGAUGUGACAUGUUUUAUAAGAAAAAAAAAAAACAUUUAAAAUGAAAAAAAUAUUUUUAGGUAUUUUCACAAACAAAAACUGGCUUUUAAAUAAAUUUGCUUCCAUAAUGGUUGAAUAUGACAAAAGAAAAAAAAAAAGAAAAAAAAUCUAGACUGCGGGGAAGUGGAAUAUGAAAAUAAGGCUUAAGGCAUCAGUUCCUUAUUUUUCAAAGCCAAAUAUGUAAUGUUGAGAAGAAAUAAUAAUUAAAAGGUUCAAAUCUUGUAAUUUAAUAUUGUUAUUAAAACUUUGCUGUAUAUCCUAUUCUUUAACAUUUGGUGUUAAUAUAAAAUUACUUGGCAAUGCUUGACAUUUGAAAUAAACUUUUUUCUAUGGUUUUAUUUGCAAGUGUUCCAUUAAUUUUACUAGCUACAGUUGGGUUAUAAAGAAUCUGAAAUCUAAAAGGACACUGUCAAGGUUGGGUCAAUGUUUUAGUUUUUGGCAGUGUCGCCACCCCCAGCUGACUUGAAUCUGUUCCACAGUUUUUUCUACAGACGAGCCCAAGCUGUGAUGCUCAGAUACGCACUUUGAACUCUGAAGAUCAAGGUUAUUCUGGGUUGGAGUAGUACUUGAUACCAGCACAUGAGGAGUCAGAUAGGUGCUGAUUUAGAGCUCCUCUUAACUCUGACGUGCAGGGACUUACGUUCCAAAGAUUUGGUUCAUAUCUAUCUCUACUUUUGUACAAUUGCAUUCAUAAAUACAUGUACAGAGGGAGAAGACUAUCGGUAAAAAUUGAUAAAUGGCAAGCAGUAAAAUAGUGUUAAAUAUUUUUUUAAAGUAUGAAACAAACACAGUUCUCAAAUUGCUCCUUUAAGGAAGCAGUUUCAAACUGUUAAAAGGUAAUUCUAAGCAGUAGCUAGUAAAGUUCUUUGUUAUGAAAAAAAACCCAAAACCUUGGCAAUGUCUUUUUGAAUUAAGAUCAAUAAUAGCUCGAAUUAGGUGCAAGUCUGUACUGAUGAAAAUAUAAAAACUUUCCUGAAUCUUAAUCAUUAUGAAUAUUCUUUGCUAUCUGAAGUUACCAUACGUUUUAAUUAUGUGUAUUUAAAAAUGAUAACUCUACUUACAAAGCAAAAAGGAAUCCUAGGAGAGGUGCAAUAACGUUAAUUUAAAUGCUAAUGCCAAUCAAAGCAACAUCACGUUUCUCUAGCUUUCCCUGUAGAUAAAAUUGCGUACAUUUGGUUGAAAAGCUUGCAUUUUUUCUGCAUUGUGGAUACAUUGCCUCAUGCAGUAUCAGUAAAUCUCUAUUUUAUUUUGGACUUAAAUAAAAUUUGAAAUAUGACUUGCAGUUUUAGUUGGAAUCCAUUUCUUAGGCUUAAGUAAAAUGUUUACUGAACAUUGGAGAAGACAGAGCAUUUAUCAGAAACUUGAAAUCCCUUCUUGUGGUACAAGCUCUGAGCCUGUUUCUGCAAGCAUGUGAACACAGUGUAUACUCUCAGUGUGGACAGCAAAAGAGGUAUAUACAGUGUUUUCAAUGUCAAACUUAACCAGUAACUUCCCCCUAAUUAAACUAAACCAUUUCUGGACGCAUCUGUAAUCCAUAGGUGUUCUGUGCGUUACUCCUCAUCAGGAAUGUUGGGGGAUGCAUUCUGAUUUUUAAUGUUCAAUGCUAGAAUGACCAAACUAAAAUAAUAUUCAUAUGGUAAUCUAAACUGUUCGAAAAAGUAGAAUUGCAUUACUGUAUACAGUGGAAAGCUAUUUAUUGUACCUCUGGGCUUAUUCCUCUAAAAAUCGUAGCGUAAAAAAAAUCUUUGUCAAGCCUGAACUGAUGUAUAUAACUGAAAUAAUGUAAAGUUAUAUUUUCAUGUUUUUAUACUUAACAACAUGAUGGGAAUACAUAACGUAUGAGUAUUUCAAUUACAGAUAAUAUUGAUUGGAUAAUACACAUCUCAGUUAAAAAGCAGUAAUCAUAGUUUAAUAUCCAUGUUACCGUACAUCAGUAUAUUGCUAUAUAAAGUAUGUCUGUGUGCAUUUAAGUGAAAAGUAGUCAAGAGUGAUGAAAGCUGUCCAAGGGUUUUUUAUUCAUUUUAUAUGAAAACUGUUAUGGAGCAACCAAAAUGUUUAUGAACUCAAACUUGUGUAAAUUUCAAAAUGUCCUUUUACUGUAGCUUUUUGUUUACAGUACAGUAUCUUAUUUUCUGCUUUGUUAAAUGAGUAACGGUACAAAGCUGGACAUACACUUUCUAAGACAUUAACGUUCCCGUUUUUUCAUGUAUACCUAUAUGACAGAAGAUGCUUCUGAUUUUAUUUUUCAAUCUAACACAUGAUGGCUUUUCUGGAGUGUUGUAUAAACUUCAAUCAUACAUAAAAAAUCUUCUUAAAAAAGGCAAAAGA